AUGCAGGACGUGUGGAUUCCAGAUCCUGAUCAAACCUUUGCGCGAGCGCAAUUGGUGGAGGAAAAAACAGUGAGGAACAAACAGAACAAAGACGAAAAAUGGGCCAUCGUCAAAGUCAAUGGGAAACAAAUGGAAAUCCCAGCUGAAGAGCUAUGCCAGGUUAAUCCCAGUACUUUUGACCGCAUCGACGACAUGUCGGAACUGACGCAUUUGAACGAGCCGUCGGUUUUACAUAACUUGGAAAAUCGAUACACAGACGACUGCAUUUACACGUAUUCGGGGCUGUUUCUUGUGGCUAUCAACCCUUAUAGCAAUAUCCGCAUCUAUUCACAAGACUACAUCAAUCUAUACCUAGGAUCCCCCAAAGAGGACAAUAAACCGCAUAUUUUCGCAGUUGCCGAGGAAGCAUACCAAAACUUGCUUACACUGCGCAGAGAUCAAUCCAUUCUUGUAACCGGUGAAUCUGGUGCCGGGAAGACGGAAAACACAAAGAAAAUUCUACAAUAUCUGGCCAGUGUCACCUCGGAAGACAAGUUGGCCCCAAACUCAGAACACGAAAGUUUUGAGCGCAAGAUUUUGCGCAGUAAUCCCAUUUUAGAGUCUUUUGGUAACGCGCAAACGGUACGAAACAAUAACUCUUCGAGAUUCGGCAAAUUCAUCAAGAUUGAGUUCGACGAAUUGGGCAAAAUAAAUGGUGCUCAUGUCGAUUGGUAUCUUUUGGAGAAAUCGAGAGUUAUCAAUCAAACUUCGCGUGAAAGAAACUAUCACAUCUUCUAUCAAAUGUUGUCUGGGAUGACCGCACAGGAGUUACGUAAAUAUGGUUUGGAGUCAAACUCCAUAAGAAACUAUCGCUAUUUGCGAGACUCCAAUCCAAGUAUACCAGGUGUGGAUGAUACCCAAGAUUACCACGCACUUUUAGCAUCUUUCAAAAUUGUCGGGUUCACUGAGGCUGAGGUUCACUCCGUCAUGACUUGUAUUUCCAUCAUUUUGCAUAUCGGAAAUAUUGAGUUUGUAUCAGAGAGAGCAGAGCAAGCAUCUUUUAGUGGUAGUGUUGAACCUCUGUGCCAGCUGCUAGGUGUAGCAGAGGCCGAUUUCAAGAUUGCUAUAUUGAAGCCACGAGCAAAAGCAGGCAAAGAUUGGGUGUCACAGGCCAAAAACGCGGAACAGGCACGUUUCAUCCUAAAUUCUCUCUCAAGAUCACUCUACGAGAAUUUGUUCGCACACAUUGUUCAAAAAAUAAAUGAUAAUCUGGACCAUGGGUCAAUGACUGAAAACUAUAUCGGGCUUCUUGAUAUUGCUGGAUUUGAAAUCUUCAGGCACAACUCUUUUGAACAACUCUGCAUCAACUAUACCAAUGAAAAACUUCAGCAGUUUUUCAACCACCAUAUGUUUGUUCUCGAACAAAACGAAUACAUUAAGGAAAACGUCCAGUGGAAUUACGUUGAUUAUGGAAAGGACUUGCAGUCAACUAUAGAUCUAAUAGAGAAAAAAGAUAAAAAUCCUGGCGUUUUACCUCUUUUGGACGAGGAGUCCAUUCUGCCGAAAUCUACUGAUGAAUCUUUUUACUCAAAACUGAUAACUUUCUGUGAUGAAAAGUCCCCUAAGUUCAAACGCUCAAAGAAAGACAAAUGUUUCGUAAUGAAGCACUAUGCUGGUGAUGUUGAGUAUAAUGUAGAGGGCUGGCUCUCUAAAAAUAAAGAUCCCCUGCACGCUAAUCUCCUUCAAGUAUUAUCAAACUCUUCCAAUGAACUGAUAAGCGGUUUUUUCUGCGAAGGUGACCCUCGUGCCAGUUCUUUCAAGACAGCUUCCAUUCGGCACAGAAUUCAACUCAAUUCUCUUCUAGAGCGGUUGUCGUCCACGGAGCCCCAUUUUGUGCGUUGCAUUAUACCAAACGAUAAAAAGAAAGCGCAUGAUUUCAACAGGAGCUUGAUUCUCGAUCAAUUGCGCUGUAAUGGUGUACUAGAAGGUAUUAGAAUCGCGCGCGAAGGUUAUCCUAACCGUAUUUUUUUUAAAGAAUUCUUUCAGCGCUACAAAAUCCUAACUGAUGAAUAUCGGUUCUCCAAUAACUCCAAAAAGAAUUGUGAAAUUGUACUGUCAUCGUUGCACCUCGACCCAAGUCUUUUCAAAGUAGGAAACAGCAAGCUAUUCUUUAAAGCUGGUGUGUUAGCUGGUUUAGAAGCCAAGAAAGAAAAUCGUAUUGCAACCAUGGUUUCGAAACUAAAUGCUAAGAUAAGUGGUAAUUCAGUGAGAACCAAUACGUCAGAUAAGCUGAAAAAGCUGCAAGCAGCUCAGGUGCUAAGCGUUGCCUUCAAAACUUACGAUAAACUUAUGAAGGACCAUUGGUUUAGUCUUUAUGUUAAAAUAAAGCCUCUUCUGGAGUCGACGCAAGAAAUAUCCAAGACUAAGAAAAUUGCUGAGCAAAUCAAAGGUCUUGAAGUCAAAUUGGAAGCCAUCCAGUCACAAAAUGAGAAACUUCAAGACGAAAAAAACGUUUUAGCUCAGGAUUUGACAACCGUCAGAGAAAAGCUACAGACGGAGACACAAAAAUUGGAAGAGCAUCAAAACAGUUUGCUUUCGGUACAGACGAGAGAAAAAGAACUAAGCAGCUUGCUAGAAACGUCGAAUGGUUAUAAAGAACAGCUUUUGCAGGAGAAACAAAGUCUAGAGAAGAAAAUCGAAAGCAGCAGCGAUGACGUGGGACGAGUACGUGAUGAAGCCGCCAAAACUCAAGAAACACUGGGAAAUCUGGAAAAGGAGAAGGAUGCUCUUGCCCGCAAACUGCUGGAAGUCGAAGGUCAAUUGAAGCAGGUUAAAGGCUCCCACUCGCUCAUACAAUCUGAAAAGACUAGUCUCCUUGAAGAAGUGAAAGCAAAGGAAUUAGAAUUGUCUUCGAAGGACACGAACAUCUCACAACUGAAAGCUGAGCUCUCAGCUUCUGACGAACAACUUGAAAGAAGUUUGCAGGGUUUGGAAAAAAAGUUCAACAGCACAAGCAAGAGAUUGAAUUCAUUAGUAGAAGAGAACAAAAAUCUACGCACCUCCCUCGAUCGGUCUAAGAAAGAGUACACAGAGAUUCAAAGUAUUGUGCAUUCCAAGGAAAAAGAGCUUCAAAGAUUAACAGAGCGGUCUGAACAGAAUCAAGCUCUGGUGGCAUCUUUGAACAAGGAGCGAUCAGAACUCUCUGUGGAGCAAGGAAACCUUAUUAGUGAAGUCAAGACGUUACAAACGGAGCUUUCAAACUAUAAGCAAAAAUGCCAGUCGCUGGAGGAAACAUGCUCGAGUCUGCGUGAUGCUCUUGACAAAUCGACCAAAGAUAUUGCUUCUGCCCGAGAAAACCCAACUCAUAAUGAAAUUGGUGCAAACAAACUGCAAUCUUUGACAGAGCAGCUCACAAGGGAGAGGUCCCUUACAAAGUUCCUAAACGAAAGGCUGGUUGAUCAGGUAUCGAGCCGUGCGUCCUCUAGAGCUUUAAGUGAGCAAGAUGAUAGUCGACUGAUGCCGGCGGAAGACGUUUUCGAAGCUUAUGAUGAGUUAAGAAUUGAAUUACGUGGUGCAACGUAUCGCUUGGAGAAAGAAAUUAGCCAAAAAAAGGAUCUCAUAUCCAAGCUACGUUUUACGGAAACGCGGUUGGCUUCUGCCUCUUUUGAGAUUCAGAAUAUGUCCUCUCAACUGAGAGCACUCAAAAAUGUUAUUACCAACGCUGAUCUCAACGUUAACGUGGAAGACAUCAUUGAUCAAAUUGAACCUGUCGAAGUAAAUCACGAAAAACUUAUCCUUGAGAUUGAGCAUCUCAAGAGUCAGUUGCAUGCUGAAAAGCAAGCUAGGCAUGAUGCAGAAAAUGCAGCGUCGGCCCUUCACAACAAAUUCAAACAAAUUCAACGAUCGGAUUCGUCGUCAGAUAUUUUCAGGCUUAAAUAUGAGGCAAGUGAGCAACGAUUGAAAUCGUUAGAAUCAAAAAUUACCUCGCACGCCUUGAGAGACAGGACCAAUCUAAGUAACGGAGAGAUCUUUACGCAGCGCGGUAGUAUUUCAAAGUAUGAGGAAGACCUAAGAUUUUACAGGCUGGAAAAUUAUAAGCUUCAAGAACUAUUAGCUGAGUCGGAAAAACAAAUUAAUACCUUGAAGAAAAGCAUCAGGCAACACCAAACAGAAAGAUCAUCAAUGGGAGAGAAGUUAUUGAGGCUAAGAAAAGACUUAGAAGUCACAGAACGGCAAAAUCAUCUACUUUCCACAAGUACUACUAAUCACAAAACUCAAUAUGAAAACUGUAUCAACGAUCUCCACGCAUCGGAAGAGCAACUCAAGGAGAUGAUUCAUUGCUUGAGGGAGUCUGAGGCGGAUAUUAAGACAAUGGCAGCUAUUAUUGAGAGAUUGAAAAGUCAGAAUAGACACAAGGAUAAACAGCUUUGGGAAGUUGAAUCUCGAAACAAUGAACUGGAGUCAGAUCUUCAAGAAAAAAACAUUGAUGUUAGCAAGUUGCAGUCCAAAAUCGAUAUUUUAAGCAAAGAGCUCUCACAUUUUAAAGAUCGGGCAAGAAAAGCUGGAGAUCAAACGGAGCUUAUCAAUGAAAUCGAGAAGCUUAAAUCGGAUAUGGAUGGCUCUUUAAGAGUGGAGACUGAACUGAAGAAGGAGUACGCAUCCGUGAGCUACACUUUAGAAAGGUUGAAAAUUGAGUAUGAUGCCAAAAUCGAAGACCUGCUAAACCAAAAUUCGCACUAUGAAAAGGUUGUCGGAUCCCUCGUAGCGGAAAGAGAUGAUGCUACGUCUGUCAAGAAAGGAUUGGAGAGCACUUUGAACAAUUUGCACUCGAAAGUUGAAAAUCUCAACGAUUCUCUAACGAAAUUGUUGGAUGAGAAACAUCAAUUAGAAUUGCAAAGAGACAGCUACUUGACAAAGUUUGGAGAGUCUAAAAGAGAUCUCGAAAAGUCCACAAGUGAGAGGGAUAACAUCGCGAGCAAGAUUCUUUCGCUUGAAGAGGCUUUGAACCUUCAGUGCCAACAAAACGACCGAAACGAAGCAUUAGUGCAGCAACUGCAAUCUUCAGCCGCCGAAUUCAAAUCGCAACUAGCCAUAGAAAAAGAUAAAAGCAUUGUCCUGCAUGAAGAAAACCAAUCUCUGGGCAAGUCGAACAGCCAGCUUCGACAGACAGUAAAAGUCUUGGAGUCAAAGAUGGCAGAUAACACUGAAAAGGAUGCUUGGAUAUCGAAACUUCAGGAAUUAGAAGAUUUGCUUACAAAGGAGUCUGAUGCCAAGUUUGAGGGUAUAAAAAUAGUCAAGUCCCUGGAACGGACGACAGAAGAACUGAAGCUAGUAAACAGCAAACAGGCUGAUACUAUCGCCAUGGCCAAUAAGGACAGGGAAGCAUUUGCCAAUGAGCUGGCGGACAAAGUUGAGAGAUUAGGAAUGCUCGAAAAUCACGUCUCAAAGCAAGAAGUAGAGAUAAGAAGGACAGAACGAGAUAGGGCGUAUCAAGAAGAGCGCAUACUUCAUUUAGAGAAGGAACUAGAUCUCUGGAAAGAGAAGUACAACGAAGUGUCGAUGAGGCGCAAAAGCACAGACGCGCGGUCUGGUGAGGAGAUAUUCAUAUAA